GCAGUGGCGUGGAUCCCCGGAAGACCCAGCAGUGGCUCCCAGAAUGAGUGAAUUGCUGUGGCUGCUGCUGCCGCUACGGCACUAAAAGGACACGAGCUCUAUGCCUUUCCGGCUGCUCAUCUCGAUCGGUCUUCUGUGCGCACUGCUGUCCCUGCACCAUGGUGCGCCGGGCCCUGAUGGCACCGCACCGGACCCUGCCCACUACAGAGAUCGAGUCAAGGCCAUGUUCUACCACGCCUACGACAGCUACCUGGAGAACGCCUUUCCCUACGAUGAACUGCGACCACUCACCUGUGAUGGGCACGACACCUGGGGCAGCUUUUCUCUGACUCUGAUCGAUGCUUUGGACACCUUGCUGAUUUUGGGAAAUGUCUCAGAGUUCCAAAGAGUUGUUGAAGUGCUCCAGGACAAUGUGGACUUUGAUAUAGAUGUGAACGCUUCAGUGUUUGAAACCAACAUCCGAGUGGUAGGAGGCCUCCUGUCUGCACACCUGCUGUCUAAGAAAGCUGGAGUGGAAGUGGAGGCUGGGUGGCCCUGCUCUGGACCCCUCCUGAGAAUGGCUGAGGAGGCAGCCCGCAAACUCCUCCCAGCCUUUCAGACUCCUACUGGCAUGCCAUAUGGGACGGUGAACCUGCUUCAUGGCGUGAACCCUGGGGAGACCCCAGUCACCUGUACAGCGGGGAUUGGAACCUUCAUUGUAGAAUUUGCCACCCUGAGCAGCCUCACCGGUGACCCCGUGUUUGAAGACGUGGCCAGAGCAGCCUUGAUGCGCCUCUGGGAGAGCCGCUCUGAUAUCGGGCUGGUUGGCAACCACAUUGAUGUACUCACUGGCAAGUGGGUGGCCCAGGAUGCAGGCAUCGGGGCUGGUGUGGAUUCCUACUUUGAGUACCUGGUGAAAGGAGCCAUUCUACUUCAGGAUAAGAAUCUCAUGGCCAUGUUCCUAGAAUAUAACAGAGCCAUUCGGAAUUAUACCCGUUUCGACGACUGGUACCUCUGGGUGCAGAUGUACAAAGGGACAGUGUCCAUGCCGGUCUUCCAGUCCUUGGAAGCUUACUGGCCUGGUCUUCAGAGCCUCAUUGGGGACAUUGAUAAUGCCAUGAGGACCUUCCUCAACUAUUACACUGUAUGGAAGCAGUUUGGAGGGCUCCCAGAAUUCUACAACAUUCCUCAGGGAUACACGGUGGAGAAGCGAGAAGGCUACCCUCUUCGACCAGAGCUCAUUGAAAGCGCCAUGUACCUGUACCGUGCCACGGGGGAUCCUACCCUCUUAGAACUUGGAAGAGAUGCUGUGGAAUCUAUUGAAAAAAUCAGCAAAGUGGAAUGUGGAUUUGCAACAAUCAAAGACUUGCGAGACCACAAACUUGACAACCGCAUGGAAUCUUUCUUUCUGGCCGAAACUGUGAAAUACCUCUACCUUCUCUUUGACCCAACUAACUUCAUCCACAACAAUGGGUCAACCUUCGAUGCUGUGAUCACCCCCUAUGGGGAGUGCAUCCUAGGAGCUGGGGGGUACAUCUUUAACACAGAAGCUCAUCCCAUUGACCCUGCCGCCCUGCACUGUUGCCGGAGGCUGAAGGAAGAGCAGUGGGAAGUGGAAGACUUGAUGAGGGAAUUCUACUCUCUCAAACGGAACAGAUCGCGAUUUCAGAAAAAGACUAUGAGUUCAGGGCCAUGGGAACCCUCAGCAGGGCCAGGAACAUUCUCUUCUCCUGAAAACCAGGACCAGGCAAGGGAGAAGAAACCUGUCAAGCAGAAAAUCCCACUUCUCAGCUGCCCAAGUCAGCCUUUUACCUCGAAAUUGGCAUUACUGGGACAGGUUUUCCUGGACUCUACAUAAACACUGGAUGUUUUAUUUUUUUUUUUUUAAACAAACUAAUCUGUAACAAUAAA